ACCAUCCGUGUCAUUCCAUUAUAACCCUCUCCACUCAUAAUGGAAUGUUCCUCGGCCCAGAGCGUUGCCCAGCCCAGGAAUUUUCUCAAGUGCUGUCCGGCCGUUUGAGACCCAUCACCCUCCCCUCCCUACCACCCGCAUCCACCCCAGAACCCGACUGUGCUCCAUUUUGAGAUGUGUUCUUUGCAUGUCAAGUGCCUCUUGUGUGAUGUGAUUGUCCCGUUGUCACAAGUGAAUUUGUACCUGGAAACAAACACGCUGUGAUGAUAUUUCCAAAAUUACAGCUGAGGGGCCUGCUGGGCUGUGGGUAAUUACUUCCAGUUAAUAUGGGCACAUGGAAAUACGCCUUGAGACCAGAGCAGCGAUUGCUCCUCCUGCUUCAGAGUCGGGCCAGUCCUCUGGGAGGCUGCUGUCGUUAGAACGGGCCUGUUGCAGUGGGGUGGCUCUCCCCGGAAGAGCUUUCUACCAGCCCCCUCAGACUUCCUGCCAACUCCCCUCCUCCCUCUGUUUCAUGGUUUUACCACUGUUGGUGACAGCCGUGGUUUACAGCAUUCACAGUUUGCAUUUUCUGGGCACUGUGUGUCAUGCUUAGUGCUUCUCCUGCGUGAGCCCCUCUCCUGAGAGGUAGGUGUGAUCAUUGUCCCCAUUUGGUGUAUGAGGGAACUAGAUCAGAGAAGGCUGAGUAAUUGCCCCAAGUCUCCCAGUAGGUAAAUGGGGAGCAGAGACUCUAACCGAGGUCUGCCUGUCUGAGCUGCAGUCGCCAUCCACUGGGUCCCGUGCUGCUCUGGUAAUAUUCACCCAGCCAAUCCUUAAGUGAGGAUUUUAUUUAAAAAAUAAAUAAAAGCUCACAUUGGCAUAAGGCUUCUCAAAUUUACUAAGCAUAUCCACAUGCAUAGUCAGCUAAUCCUUGAAAUGACCCUGCAGGAAGGAGAGUGAAGCCCCAAGAUGUUCGAUGAGCAUCUCAGUGCUGGCCAGCAGGCAGGACGGGAGGCCACGUUCAUGUGCAAAGGCAGCUUCUCCUCUGCCACGUGCUCACGCAGAGGGCAGCUUUCCUGUUUAGCAAGUUCUGAGUAACGCACUUGAAGAAUGAGUAUAUUAUGUGUUGCAUUCAGGAAGCAUUAAAUUAGUAGUUAAUCCUGUGCAGCCAGAUGUCCAGGGCCAGUCUCAGCAGAGGGGACACUAACUUUAAUUUCCUUUUUCUCACUGAGCACCACAGUUUGUGGUGCUGUCAGGAGCCGCUUCCUCUGGAACAUUUUCACGUGUCAGAGCUCAGCGCAGCCUGUGUUUCUAGUUCAUUCCGCUACUCCACCCUCCAGUCUUCCCCUUUUGGGGAAGGCUUAACUUUUACGAAGAGGAAGUUUUCAUAGCGCUCCAAUCCCUUUACCUUCCCCUCGGACUUCUGUGUUUUCUCUUUGGCUGUAAAAAUAUAGUGAGAAGUCUUUUUAAAAUUCAAGUGUUUCCUUGUGGGUGCAUUUCACAUUGAGGGAGAACAGUUUCCCCCUUUCUUCUUUCCAAAACUAGUGUGCUUAAGAAGUGAGGGCUUCUCUGUCCUAGAGAAUCUAGCUCAUGGCGACUUCAGAUGCAAGCUUUGCCUUGAAGUAAAAUUGCUGGUUUACUUAACUUAACAGCAAAGCCCAGCUGCACAUAGCUCAUCCCAGGGGGUUCUGUUCAGGGAUCCAGGAAAUAGGAUGGCUGAGUACGCUCCCAUGACACUCACGUGAGUGAGCUCUCACCAAGUGACACCAGAGAGAAGACUGGGAGCCCAGCUGACAUGACCUCAGCCUCCUGCACACCUAAAAGGACAGGUUAUCACAACCUUAUUUUUAGUUUCUGUGGAAGGUAAAUGCAAAACUUCUUGCCCCGAACCCUACAUGGUAAUGGAAAUCUAUGGUCCCAUAACUUUUGUGUUUUUGCUUAAAUCUUCGAAAUUGAAAACAAUCCCAAACAAUCCUAUAUCUUCCCAUAAUGUUUUCUAAGAAGAUUCACCAUGUUCCGAAAUGAGUCUGCAGCAUUACUAGCUGGGCUUAUAAAAAUAUCUAGAAAUAAACUAGGGAUGAUCUGAUAGACCAUUUAAUGUGUGUAAUGCAUGUACACUUUUCAGCUUCUGGAAUGAAGGAUGAAUGCAGGAUGAAUGCUCAUCUCUGGAAGAGGCCCAAACGGGAGAUUUCAUGCUACAACCACUGGUUCUCACGCAGGGGUGCAUCUCAAGCCACCGAGUCCAGCUUUGCACGUGAAGCCUGGGCACUUGACACAUCGAACAAAGUGACCCUGAGAGGCUCCCCUGCUUGAGGACCACUGGCUAAAACUGAUGGAACUAAACCCCCCUGUGUCUGUGAAUAACAGAACUGAAAGAAAUCUGUGCAGCAGAUCUUUAUGCCACAAGGACAAGUAUCUUGUUGCUCAAAUAUGGUUUUCUGAAGCCUGUCAAACGUCCUUUGUGGAGGAAAAAGAGCCAAAACAUUAGAGCGUAGGCAUUACCAUGACUCGCAUCUCUGUGUCCGCCGGGUCGCUGGGAUGGCGGGAGAGAAGUAACACCUGUGAGAGAGAAAGGGCGGAAGGAGAACUGCGCGAAGGCUGCAGCCUGGCCGAGCCUCUGCCAGCCCACGGGGCCUCAGGAGCAGACUGCCUGUUCAGAGACCGCCACCCCUGCCCCCUCACCCCGCCCGGCUCAGUCUUAGGCCAGGGCACCCUGAGAAGACUGUGAAGACCACUCCAAACGGAGGUGGACUUGGAGGACUUGCAGCUGGGGGCUGUCAGCUGCCGGCUUCCUCACAGCUGGGCAGGGGGUCUUUCUUAAUCGGCUCACGUCUGCCGCACUCCCCAAAGACUUUAGAAAGUCAGUUCCGCUGGGCCUUUCAGAGUUUGGCCAGCAGCAGCUGGAGCAGGGAGGUAGCACCAAGGGGUGGUCCCCUGCAGGAGCCCAGUGCCUUAGGGAGACGGAUGAAGGGAGGGGAAUGGAAGAAACAGGGAGAGAAACUUGGCUCGUUCGAUUUCAUUCUGUUUAGGGCAUGUGUUAGGUGGUGGAACUUGGAAGGAUAGGGCACUAAGGUUUGAAGAAUCUGAAAAUCUUCUCACGUAGAGAGGGAAGCCCAGAGAGGUUGUGUGUCAACCAAGGUCACCCAGCGGUGGCGGGACUCAGGGAUGCACGGGGCUGCACUCAGCUUGGUGUCUGCUCACGCCUGCACACCCCUCUGCUGACACAGAAUGAGCCUUGUCACUUUGUUCCCCUUGACCCCAAACUCUACCCAGUGAAGGAAGUCUAUGGCUCCAGAAUUUUGUGCUCCUGCCUAAAUCUUCCAAACUGAAAUGAUCCCAAGGUUCUCCCACACCGUACCCAAAACAGCACACCCUUAGUCUAGGGAUGUCCUGUGUCGGAAUGUAUCAGCAGGUAGAGGUGUGGAUCCCCGGGCACCUGAGGCCCACAGCCGUUUACGGAACAUCCACCAUCUCUCUGCUUUGCUUUUUGGUUAUAGUGUCAUCAAGACAUAAAUUGAUAAAGCCAUCUGAAGCCUUUAAACUAAUCCCACAAUUUGUUAUCCUGACACCACAGAAAAUAGAGCAUCAUUAAUCUCCUACACUUAUUGAUUUGGGACCUCAGUUGAAAGACUGACUGCUUUCCUCCUCCUCUUCCUCCUGCUGCCCCUCCCCCUCCUCAUAGUGUUCCAGUUCCCAUGUCCUGACCCACGGUGUCCCGAUAACCCCUGGAAAGACAGGCGAUGGGCCUCCCCGAGUGUGAGCCAUGAGUCCAGACCCCGCUGAGUUAGGGGCCGCCGCGGCCUCCCUCCGGCUCUUCUCCAGCCUCGGCCCGGACAGCUUCCCUGGACUUCAGCAGAUAAAUAGUGUGGCCCGGCGCUGCCAUGGGCGAGCUGAGUCAUGCCCUUGGCGGGGUCAGGGAGCCAGCAGGAGGAGACCAAUAGCCCUGGCGAGUCUCCUUCGGGGGUCCUAAUGCCCUUUGCCCCGCAGGUGCAGGACAUCGCCCCGUCCCCACCCCCCGGAGCAGAGUCAUCUGAGAGCCUGGCUGCUGCCCAUCCCUGGGUGUAAUUCUGCCACCAGUAUUUUCCCAGCAGGAAGCAGCAGUCUCAGCACAGAAAUAAAACUGUCCUGCUGACUUGCUCGCAGCCUGUCCCAGUAACUGUUCCGGAGCGUCAUGCUGACGCAGCACCCCAUGAGGACCGUGCCGGGCAGGCUGCGAGCCUUCCCGUUAGCCGUGCCGGCGGGACAAAUCAAGGCCCUGGCCAUUGAACAACUUCUGAGCCUGCUCUUUAAGAAGGUGCUUUUGUUUUGAAUACACAAUUUGUCCUGUUCUUUCAAAAAUCUGUACCAGAACAGGUUCCUAGGCCUGGCCGCCAUGGCGUCUCCAUCUAGAAACUCCCAGAGCCGACGCCGGUGCAAGGAGCCGCUCCGCUACAGCUACAACCCUGACCAGUUCCACAACAUGGACAUCAGGGGUGGCCCCCAUGACGGCGUCACCAUUCCCCGCUCCACCAGCGACACUGACCUGGUCACCUCGGACAGCCGCUCCACGCUCAUGGUCAGCAGCUCCUACUACUCCAUAGGGCACUCGCAGGACCUGGUGAUCCACUGGGACAUAAAGGAGGAGGUGGACGCUGGAGACUGGAUUGGCAUGUACCUCAUUGAUGAGGUCUUGUCGGAAAACUUUCUGGACUAUAAGAACCGCGGAGUCAAUGGUUCUCACCGGGGCCAGAUCAUCUGGAAGAUCGAUGCCAGCUCUUACUUUGUGGAACCUGAAACUAAGAUCUGCUUCAAAUACUACCACGGAGUGAGCGGAGCCCUGCGAGCUACCACCCCCAGCGUCACGGUCAAGAACUCGGCAGCUCCCAUUUUUAAAAGCAUUGGCUCUGAUGAGACUGUCCCAGGGCAAGGAAGUCGGAGGCUGAUCAGCUUUUCUCUCUCAGAUUUCCAGGCCAUGGGGUUGAAGAAAGGGAUGUUUUUCAACCCAGACCCUUAUCUGAAGAUUUCCAUCCAGCCCGGGAAGCACAGCAUCUUCCCUGCCCUCCCUCACCACGGGCAGGAGAGGAGAUCCAAGAUCAUAGGCAACACCGUGAACCCCGUCUGGCAGGCCGAGCAAUUCAGUUUUGUGUCCUUGCCCACUGACGUGCUGGAAAUCGAGGUGAAGGACAAGUUCGCCAAGAGCCGUCCCAUCAUCAAGCGCUUCUUGGGAAAGCUGUCGAUGCCUGUUCAGAGACUCCUGGAGAGACACGCCAUCGGGGAUAGGGUGGUCAGCUACACACUUGGCCGCAGGCUUCCAACAGAUCAUGUGAGUGGACAGCUGCAAUUCCGAUUUGAGAUCACUUCCUCCAUCCACCCAGAUGAUGAGGAGAUGUCCCUGAGUACGGAGCCUGAAUCGGCACAAACUCAGGACAGCCCCAUGAGCAACCUGGUGGAGAGCAGCCGCAGGGAGCCCGCGUGUGAUGCCGCAGAGCCCUCGGAGAGCUGGAAGCCAGAGCCGCCGAGUGACGGCUGCGCCCUGGACGGGUCGGGGGACGAGAGCCUGGAGCUUGCCAGGCCAGCUGAGGAAGCGGCUGGCACCGCCCAGGCGGCAGAUGAUGGCACCGACUCGCUGGGACCUGCAGGGGCCGGGGAGCUCCUGGCCCCGGGGCAAAAUGACAGCCAGCCCGCCCUGAGUGCAGAAGAACUGGCCGAGGAGCUGGACCUGGGUGGGGAGGCGCCGCCACUGCUGCUGGAAGACGGGGACGCUCCAGCCAGCACCGAGGGGCCCAUGGAGGAGGAAGCGGCAACAGAGACCCAGGCUGGAGGGGCGGAGGAGAAGGACCCGGAGGAGGAGGAGGAGGGCGACGUGCCUACGCUGGAGCAGGGAGGGGGCAGGCUGCAGCUGCGGGGCUCGGUGAAGAGAAAAAGCAGGCCAUGCUCCUUGCCUGUGUCCGAGCUGGAGACGGUGAUCGCGUCGGCCUGCGGGGACCCCGAGACCCCGCGGACACACUACAUCCGCAUCCACACCCUGCUGCACAGCAUGCCCUCGGCCCGCGGCGGGGUCGCCCCGGAGGAGGAGGACGGCGCGGAGGAGGAGUCCACCCUCAAGGAUUCCUCGGAGAAGGACGGGCUCAGCGAGGUGGACACGCUGGCAGCUGACCCGCCCGUCCUGGAAGAGGAUGGGGACGAGCCCGAGGGGGCCACUCCGGGCACGGCGCCCCCUGGCCACGCCGGGGGCCGCUACCCCAGCUUCGCCAACGGCGCGGUCCCAGACGGCGACACGCACCCCAGCACUGGGAGCGAGAGCGACUCCAGCCCCCGGCAAGGCGGGGACCACAGCUGCGAGGGCUGCGACGCGUCCUGCUGCAGCCCCUCGUGCUACAGCUCCUCGUGCUACAGCACGUCCUGCUACAGCAGCUCCUGCUACAGCGCCUCCUGCUACAACGGCAACCGCUUCGCCAGCCACACGCGCUUCUCCUCCGUGGACAGCGCCAAGAUCUCCGAGAGCACCGUCUUCUCCUCGCAAGACGACGAGGAGGAGGAGAACAGCGCGUUCGAGUCGGUGCCCGACUCGGUGCAGAGCCCUGAGCUGGACGCGGAGUCCGCGAACGGCGCUGGGCCGUGGCAAGACGAGCUGGCCGCCCCUGGCGGGCACGUGGCAAGAACCACUGAAGGUCUGGAGUCCCCCGUGGCGGGUCCAAGCAGUCGGAGAGAAGGUGAAUGUCCUAUACUCCAUAAUUCCCAGCCAGUAAGCCAGCUUCCUUCCUUGAGGCCUGAACAUCAUCACUACCCAACAAUCGAUGAGCCUCUUCCACCAAACUGGGAAGCUCGAAUUGACAGCCAUGGGCGGGUCUUUUAUGUGGACCACGUGAACCGCACAACCACCUGGCAGCGUCCAACGGCAGCAGCCACCCCGGAUGGGAUGCGGAGAUCGGGGUCCAUCCAGCAGAUGGAGCAGCUCAACAGGCGGUAUCAAAACAUCCAGCGAACCAUCGCAACAGAGAGGCCUGAGGAAGAUUCUGGCAGCCAAAGCUGUGAGCAAGUCCCGGCAGGAGGAGGUGGAGGUGGAGGGAGUGACUCAGAGGCUGAAUCUUCCCAGUCGACCUUAGAUCUGAGGAGAGAAGGGUCACUUUCUCCGGUGAACUCUCAAAAGAUCACCUUGCUGCUGCAGUCCCCAGCGGUCAAGUUCAUCACCAACCCCGAGUUCUUCACUGUGCUGCAUGCCAAUUAUAGUGCCUACCGAGUCUUCACCAGUAGCACCUGCUUAAAGCACAUGAUCCUGAAAGUCCGGAGGGACGCCCGCAAUUUCGAGCGCUACCAGCACAACCGGGACCUGGUGAAUUUCAUCAACAUGUUCGCAGACACUCGGCUGGAACUGCCCCGGGGCUGGGAGAUCAAAACGGACCAGCAGGGAAAGUCUUUUUUCGUGGACCACAACAGUCGAGCUACCACUUUCAUUGACCCCCGAAUCCCUCUUCAGAACGGUCGUCUUCCCAACCACCUGACUCACCGGCAGCACCUCCAGCGGCUCCGCAGCUACAGCGCAGGCGAGGCUUCAGAAGUCUCUAGAAACAGAGGAGCCUCUUUACUGGCCAGGCCAGGACACAGCCUAGUAGCUGCUAUUCGGAGCCAACAUCAACAUGAGUCCUUGCCACUGGCAUAUAAUGACAAGAUUGUGGCAUUUCUUCGCCAGCCAAACAUUUUUGAAAUGCUGCAAGAGCGUCAGCCAAGCUUGGCAAGAAACCACGCACUCAGGGAGAAAAUUCAUUACAUUCGGACCGAGGGUAACCACGGGCUUGAAAAGUUGUCCUGUGACGCAGAUCUGGUCAUUUUGCUGAGUCUCUUUGAAGAAGAGAUCAUGUCCUACGUCCCCCUGCAGGCUGCCUUCCACCCUGGGUACAGCUUCUCUCCCCGCUGUUCGCCCUGCUCCUCACCUCAGAACUCCCCAGGUUUACAGAGAGCCAGUGCAAGAGCCCCUUCGCCCUACCGGAGAGACUUUGAGGCCAAGCUCCGCAAUUUCUACAGAAAACUGGAAGCCAAAGGAUUUGGGCAGGGUCCAGGGAAAAUUAAGCUCAUUAUUCGUCGGGAUCACUUGUUGGAGGGAACCUUCAAUCAGGUGAUGGCCUAUUCCCGGAAAGAGCUCCAGAGAAACAAGCUCUACGUCACCUUUGUUGGAGAGGAAGGCCUGGACUACAGCGGCCCUUCCCGAGAGUUCUUCUUCCUUUUGUCUCAGGAGCUCUUCAACCCUUACUACGGACUCUUUGAGUACUCAGCAAAUGACACUUACACAGUGCAGAUCAGCCCCAUGUCUGCGUUUGUAGAAAACCAUCUUGAAUGGUUCAGGUUUAGUGGCCGCAUCCUAGGCCUGGCUCUGAUCCACCAGUACCUCCUGGACGCUUUCUUCACGAGGCCCUUCUACAAGGCGCUGCUGAGACUGCCCUGUGACUUGAGUGACCUGGAAUAUCUGGACGAGGAAUUCCACCAGAGCUUGCAAUGGAUGAAGGACAACAAUAUCACAGAUAUCCUGGACCUCACUUUCACUGUUAACGAAGAGGUUUUUGGACAGGUCACGGAAAGGGAGUUGAAGUCUGGAGGAGCCAACACGCAGGUGACGGAGAAGAACAAGAAGGAGUACAUCGAGAGGAUGGUGAAGUGGCGGGUGGAGCGCGGCGUGGUGCAGCAGACGGAGGCUCUGGUGCGCGGCUUCUACGAGGUGGUAGACUCGAGGCUGGUGUCCGUGUUCGACGCCAGGGAGCUGGAGCUGGUGAUCGCUGGCACUGCAGAAAUCGACCUGAACGACUGGCGGAACAACACCGAGUACCGGGGAGGCUACCACGAUGGGCACCUGGUGAUCCGCUGGUUCUGGGCCGCGGUGGAGCGCUUCAACAACGAGCAGAGACUGCGGCUGCUUCAGUUCGUCACGGGCACAUCCAGUGUGCCCUACGAAGGCUUCGCGGCCCUCCGGGGCAGCAAUGGGCUCCGGCGUUUCUGCAUAGAGAAAUGGGGGAAGAUCACGUCCCUCCCCAGGGCGCACACAUGCUUCAACCGGCUGGACCUUCCGCCGUACCCCUCCUACUCCAUGUUGUAUGAAAAGCUGUUGACAGCAGUAGAAGAAACCAGCACCUUUGGACUUGAGUGAGGAUAUGGGACCUCGCUUGGCAUUUUCCUGGCCAGUGACAUCACCCUUCCUGGGAUGAUCCACCCUUCCCUUUCCCUUCAUCAACUCUCCUUUGAUUUUGGUAUUCCAUGAUUUUUAUUUUCAAACCAAAUCAGGAUUGACAAAAGCUGUGCAUGAAGAACUGCCUUCUUCUAAGAUCUAACCUUCAGGCUUCUCUCCUCUGUUUUCAAUGAACUGCUAGCCUGUAUGCAAUAUUAAAAAAAAAAACAACAGCUGUCUAAAGGUCUGUGUAUAUCUCCACAUACCUCCAUUAUUAACAAUGAAAUAUGAAUGCAAGUUACGCUACACUUGACCAAAUGGUAAUAAAUGUUUACUUCCAUUUCUAUCAUUUAAGGGGAAAUUUGAGCAUUAAGCAUUCCAAGCUUUUAUAUGCCCAUGUCUUCUGAGCAGAGCCACCAUUUUUUAUAAUUUCCAACAACCAAAUCCAGAGCUGAUCAAGUCUUUGUUUUCCUCCCUCUCCACUUUUCCCUGUGCAUACUCUCCAUCCAAAGGACAGCAGUGGCAAAACUGGAAUUUUUAUACAUUCAACUCAUGAAUCACAUGUGGCAUCAGUCCCCUCACCUGGAACUAGCCUAGA